AUGUCCAAGGUCAGGCCUGCUGCGCUCGCGUCCUCUCCCCCGUCCGUAGCUGCUGCUGCUGCUGCCCCAGCAGCUCCACUCCCUGGCUCGGAGCGGCUGGACUAUCGAGGCAAGUGCCGGUACAAGACUGGCAAGUGCAUGCAAGAGCGGGCGCUCAAGACGUCGGGCGUGGCCCACAACCUCUGCGACGAGCACCGCAACCGGCAGAACCAGCACCAGCGCAAACUCGACGCCAAGAACCGACAGCACAAGCGCGAGCACCGCGUGGGAGCCAAUGAAGCGCUCAUCGCACGGUUUGCGCCGUACCCCACUGCAGCCAAAACAGCAAAGCGCGAGUCGCUCACGCCGUCAAUUGACACGUCGGACGAUGGAGAAGCAGGUGACAAGGCAGCAGUAGCAGCUGCUGUACCUGCUUCAGGGAGUGGACCCAGCGCGACGUCGUUGACGUCCACGACGUCGUCCUCAGCGGUCUUGGCAGCUGCUGCUACUGGCGUCAUGCUCUUGCCAAGUGGACCACAGCCACCACAGGUGGCGUGUCCGUUGAUCAUGCAGAACUUUGACGGGAUUGUUGUGCCGCUGCCGUCGUACCUUGAAGGUGAAGAGCGCAUUGAGUUUCGCUCGCGGAUCUACCAGAAGGUGCUGGAUUUCAUCUCGGAAGAAUGCGUCUCACGCUUUGGCGCCAAAGUUGAGUCCACGGCAGUGCACGGAGACGACGCUCAACGUCAAGCAAAGUGCGCGGAAUACGCGUCUGCGGUGAGCAACAGAGUUGAUGUCACUGAGACGGUAGACGUCCAGCAGAGCUUGUCGUCUGGAACGGAGGAGGCUGAGACGAGUAGUACUGCGAAGAGGAAGCAUUGA